AUGAGUUACUUCCUAUCUUACUGUAAAGCUCAUGGCGGCGCCCUACUCACUGGCUAUCAGGCCCUACGCGCCGAGGGCUUCCUGUGCGAUGUGACGCUGGAGGCCGAGGGCAGCGAGUUCCCGGCGCAUAGGUCGCUGCUCGCGUGUUCCAGCGACUACUUCAGGGCUCUGUUCAAGAGCCACACCCGGGAAUCCAGGGCCAGCGUGAUCCACUUGCACGUGCCCUCCGCUGCCGGCCUGCAGCGCUUGCUGGACUUCAUUUACACCGCCUGGCUGCCGCUCUCCAUGGACACGGUGGAAGACACGCUGGAGGCCGCCAGCUACCUGCAGGUGACCGAGGCACUGGGGCUGUGCGGCCGCUACCUGGAGCGCCAGCUGGCCCCGGAGAACUGCUGCUUCGCCGCCAACGUGGCGGCGCGCUUCGGCCUGGCGCACACGUUGGGCGCCGCGGAGAGCUGCAUCGUGCGCCACCUGCGGGAGCUGCUGCUGCGCGGCGCGGGCCCCAUGGGACUGCUGGAGCUGAACCCCACGUCGCUCAAGGCUGUGUUGGGUGCCCCCGACGUGGCGCGGGUGCCUGAGGCCUGGCUGCUGGGUCUGGCACUGGCCUGGCUGAGGCAGGAGCCCGAGGCCGAACGCCUGGCCCACUGCGCCUCGCUGCUCGAGCGCGUUCGCUUCGGCCUAGUACCCGCCGACGUGCUGCGGCGCGUGUACUCGGGCUCUGGCCUUGUCCUGCCCGCCCGGGUCAAGGGCCUCAUCAUCCAGGCCCUCAACUACCACACGGCGCCCUCCCGCCAGCCGCUCUUGCAGGGCGAGCAGACCAGCGUCCGGAGUCCCCAAACCCGCAUCUUGUUGGUAGGGGGGCGCAGGGCACGGGAGGCGGUGACCGAGGAGGUUGUGGUCCCCCGGGCGGUAGUCAGGGGCAGGGGCGCCGCGGCGGAGCCAGAGGAGGAGGAGGAGGACGAGGAAGAUGAGCAGUUGGAAGAGCAGGAGGAGGAUUGGGAGGUCACCCAGGACGUGGUGGCCUUCGACGUGUACAACCACCGCUGGCGCAGUCUCACGCGGCUGCCUGCACCGCUACUGGGGCACAGCGUGUGCACCGCAGGCAAUUUCCUGUUCGUCCUGGGCGGGGAGAGUCCCUCUGAUGGCGCCUCCUCACCCCUGGCAGACGGCGUGCGGGCGGUCACGGCCCAAGUGCACCGUUACGACCCGCGCUUCCAUGCUUGGACGGCAGUGCCCGCUUUGCGGGAAGCGCGGGCCCAUUUCUGGUGCGGCGCCGUGGGCGAGGGGCUCCUGGCUGUCGGGGGUGUGGGCGCGGACGGCCAGGCGCUGGCGUCCGUAGAGAUGUAUGACUUGCGCCGGGACCGCUGGACGGCGGCCGGGGCACUGCCGCGGGCGCUGCACGGCCACGCGGGGGCCGUCGGGGACCGUGGCGUCGUGUACAUCUCUGGGGGUAAGGCGGGAAGAGGCGAGGGCGGCGCGAGCAGCCUCCGGGAAGUGUACGCCCUGGGCCCUGGGGAGCGAGCGUGGAGAAAGAGGGCGCCCAUGAGCACGGCCCGCUUCGGGCACCAUAUGGCUGUGCUGCGCGGCGCGGUGUUCGCCUUUCUGGGGCGCUAUGAGCCCUUCUCUGAGAUCGAACGCUACGAUCCCGGCACGGACCAGUGGACUCGACUGCGACCGCUACCCUAUGAUCGCUUCUGCUAUGGGCUGGCCGUGGUGGAGGAGACGGCGCUGCUGCUCGGUGGCCUCAAGUGGCGGGACUCGCGGCAGGUGCCUACCCGCAACGUGGUGGGCUAUGACCUCGACCUGGACCGCUGGGAGGACAUUGGCUGCGUGCUACCCUGGGCCUGGAAUGGCCUCCAGUGCGCAGUGCUGCAGCUGGCUGAGGAUGGGGAUGAGGAGAGGGAGGGAGGGCUCGGCGAGGCGCCAGAUUUAGUGCGGGGCUUAAUGGGUUAG